ACUUUGAUAAAAAAAAAGGGUCAUUAUUUAUUGUUUUAUUAGUGAAUAGAUAAUUAAAACUAUAAGAAUGUAAUAAACCGAUGUGUAAAGUAAUAAAAAGUGUUGCAGCUGUGGGUUAAAAUAAAGUUACACCUGUUGCGCAUAGAUACAUGUAAAGAAUAAAGAAGAAAGAAGGGACCUUGUGGGUAAUUCAAUAGCAAUCUCCGUUUAGAAAAGACGAAGGCCUCCGGGGCGUUACGAUCCUUAAUCCGGAAUCCGCAACGUUCAAUUCAGAGGUUUCGAAUUCAGAAGAGUUGUACAGCAGCUGCCGUCGAGAGUCCCCACAUCCCCACAUUGUCGAACGACCCACAACACAACGAACGAAACUAACGAACGUUCGCAUUCCAUUUAGAUCAUGUUCCCAAAGUGGCAUCCCACCACGCGGCCACAACCGUCGUUAGCCUGACAUAGUAGCCGGUACUGCGAAGAUCGCAGUCGAUCCAGUCGAUGUCAUAGUGGGCAGGUAUAUAAAUACAAAGGCGUUUUCGUCAACAACGUUUUGAUUUUUGUGAAAAAUGUGUGAAAAAAGUGCGAGAAGUUGACUUGACGAAGAACUACAACUGUGAAGGUCGACGCCUCGACAUCUCGAUAUUCUGUGUCGCUAUAAAAAUAACGCUCAGACAAAUGACCGGCAGCUGUUGAUGAAAUGUUGUUACGCCACGGCCUGACAUUGAACGAAAAAAUUUAAUUUAAUAACAAAUAUCUUUUUUUGUGUUACUUUUGCGAAACGUUUUAUCAACGCUUUAUAGGUCCCCCGUGCUUAAUGAGAUUAGAUAACAGAUAUUUUCGUUCACGGUUUGCUUGCCUCCGGGCUACAACAUGUCCUACUCUGACUCCGUAAAGAAAAGUUUUGAGUACGAGUGGUGCCAAUGUUCUUGUUGCCCCUAUGGCUACCACAUCGACCUCGACUUCGUACGCUACUGCGAGUCAAUUUGUCAGUCCGAAAGGACAUCCUCCAUUUCCAGGAGGAAGGACCGCAGGAGGCAACGGCAGUCGAUGGACGUUCUUCUAGGACUCGCUCCAUCGACGCCCACACCAGUCCCAGAGAAACCUCCUUCCGCUCCAGGCUUCGUUCAAUCGCCCACCGUUAGCAGUACGUUAUCCGAUGUUGUGUUCGAUUUUGAAAAAACACUUCAAAGAACUGCCAACAAAAAUGUUUUAUCUAGUAAUCUUCCCGAUGUUACCGCUGUUACAGGUAUUCAUAGAUCCCCUUCAGUGUCAUCUCUUUCAACUUCAACGACUUCCGCGUCAAGUUUAACCAUACUACCAUAUGAGCAAAAAGAUUUUGACGCGAUAAGUUUAGAAUCAAACGGAUUAAGCCCGGCAGCUCUUCAAAAUAUAAGAGAACAAAUGGCACUAAGUCUAAAAAGAAUGAAACAAUUAGAAGAACAAGUGAAAACGAUUCCUGUUUUAAAAUCGGAAAUAGAGCGUUUAAGAAAUGAGAAGAAAGAGUUAAUUAAUUUAGAACAAAAUAAUCUAAACAUCAACGGUAAUUAUCGCCAAGAAGAAAAUACGACUCCGAAACGAGAUUUUGGUGUGAAUUGCGUCGUUUUAACGCGUAGCGUAGGCGUUGGACGUCAAAUCCCAAACACCAGGUCAGUAUCAACGGCAACUAUUCAAGACGUCGGGAUGGCUUUUACCAAAUACACUCAAACCACUCAAAAAGAAAGCGUAAACGCCAAAAUCGGCCCGGACGCGGUUACCACAGCUCAAGUGGCAGUUCAAGCGGAGUCCACAAGAUUUUUAGUUAACAAAGAGUGCAUCGCAACUCCUGAUGUGGCAUCUAAAGCCUCUCAAGCCGUCGUCGAAACGAAAGUUGUUGGCACUUCAAACGACGAAUUCCACCAAAACGACUUUAAUAAAGACUCCCAUUACAUUUCAUUAGCCGAUUUAUCCUUCCAUGAGUCAAAAGUAGAAAACAAAAUAAGUAAAAGCACCGUUGGGGUUCAAUGUCAAAGAAAUGGUUCAAAUAAAUCAACCCAACAUGAAGUUAAAGUCCAAUCUAAAGGCUGCCAAAAUUCGGUUAGGUUGCUCCAUAAAUACACUCAACCAGAAAUCUUUUUGGGAACAUCAAAAAAUACCGAUACAACCGAUUUAAUACGUUCCGCCGAAAUCGGGGUUAACACAGCCGAACAAGCUAAAGAAUGCUUUAAUUGUAAAAAAGAAAAUGUGGAAGUUGUAAAAGAUGAGCAACCUUCUAGAAUUCCUCGAUUAAACGAAAGAAGAAAAUUCGAACGACAAAUCACUUACACUAAGAUCCCGGCUACUACAUCUACAUCAUCUAGGUUGUCAGGAUUAGAUUUAUCGCAAAAAGCCCGAGAGGAACAACUGGACGAAAAGUUUCUUACAAGCGAUGAUACACCCCAAGAUGAUGACCUACCGAAAAUGGAGAAAUCACCUUAUGAACAAACUCAAAGAAAAAAAGCAUGUCCAAGCAAAGAAAUGCAAGCCGCCAUGAAAGUAUUAAACGAUUCGCUUCAAAAAGGCCAUACAAAAAACAUUGAAAAUCAAGUAAAAAGUGCUGUUCACAUAAUCCUACAAGAAUGGUUUAAAAUUUCGAGUUUAGUUACCGCAGAACCGCGCGACGUCGAAGAUUAUUUAGACAGUUUCGAAGAAGUCUCAUCCUCCCUCCUAGAAUACAUAGUUAACAUGGUAGAUGCAAGCGGAAAUACCGCAAUGCAUUACGCGGUAUCCCACGGAAAUUUCGAUGUGGUAUCCAUACUUUUAGACUCGAAAGUUUGCGAUAUUAACAAACAAAACAAAGCGGGUUACACCAGCGUUAUGCUCGUUUCUUUAGCAGAAGUCCGCUCACAAACCCACAGCAAUGUUGUAAAGCGUUUAUUUUCAUUAGCUGACGUAAAUGUCCGUGCCAAACAACAUGGUCAAACGGCCCUUAUGCUUGCAGUAAGUCAUGGACGUCUUGAUAUGGUUACUAUGCUCAUAGAUGCAGGAGCUGAUAUUAAUAUUCAAGAUGAAGAUGGUUCGACGGCAUUAAUGUGCGCCGCAGAGCACGGACAUGUCGAAAUUGUAAAGUACUUUUUAAGUCAAUCAGAAUGCGACUCAAGUAUUUCAGAUGUGGAUGGAAGUACCGCGUUGAAAAUAGCGAUGGAAGCGGGUCAUCGCCAUAUUGGGGUUUUGUUGUAUGCACACCAAAGAAAUUUGUCCGGCCCACCGAAAUCCAGGAAAUGUAAAUCAGCCUCCGCAAGUCCAAGAGCGCCUUCGUCGCCAAUCGUAACGAGAAAAUACGUUCGAACGAGUAAUAAAUAAACGUUUAAUUAUGUACUAAAUGAAAUAAUAUAAAUUAAAUUUAAUAUGAAACGGCAUUUUUACCAAUAAGAUGACUACUUAACAUUCCAUUUUAGACAAUAAAUGUAUAUAUGUUAAGAUUUCUUUUUGAGAUAUUAAAAUUACACUAAAAAUGAAACGAGUUACAAUAAAUUUUUGUUUGAAACAUUC